AUAAGUACAACAUGGGUAUAUUUUCUGCACAUCAUGUUUUCCUUUCUCCCACACUUCUGCAACACCUGCAUUGUCAUUCCAUCCAACACAUGCUAGGAAACACAGCUGCAAAAACAAAACAUAAGAUAUGCAUAUGAUAAAAGAUAAUUAUGAUGUCACAAAUUUCUUACAUUGUGAACAGAACUGUAGUGGUAUUUAUAAUCAGUCUCUCUCCUUCUUGUAAAACCUUCAGCUGAAGGUUAAUGCUGCUUUGGACUAGAUUUAUUCAUAUCAAAGCUGCAAUCUCUGAUGUGGGCGUGUACUUAAUGUAUGUAUUUCGCAGUGUGACUCAUAAGAGGAGAAGAAUGAGAGUUCAAGCUGCCGGAACUCAGACUGAAGGUGAAACAAAAACACACUUAAGUUAUUCAGAUGAUUAAUGGGUACAAACCUGUUGUACUAGGGUGUAUGUGGGCCCCAGUACAGUGAGUAAACAGUAGGUGAUUAGUGUUAUGCUGGGAAAUACAACUGUUGUUUUUCCCAUUUUGAACCAGUGCUUUACAGUGAAAACUCCCAAACCACCUGUACAACUGUCCCCAAUUACAAGUUCUGAUAAUCUCCUGGUAAGAUUUAUAUUCUAGCUACUUAGGAAAGCUUAAAGAGUUCAGGAAGUUGUUUGUUUUACCUCGAGCUCGAGGCAUGAAAAGCAGACAGACGGGAUGCGGUUCAGUUGCUGUGACAUUUUAUGGGCGCCAAAUUGUGACCUUUCAAGGAUACACAUCCCCCCUCUGAGAGGUGGGCUGUCAUAAAGCCGGUGUAACCAAAAUAGUUCAAACAGCUUCAAGAACGUUCAUUUUAUUUUUAGAAACCUUUUAUACUCAGUUGAAUAAUGUUGAAUUUUGACAAAUUAUUUGCAUAGCAACGUUUGUUCUGACUUUGUUCUUUUCAAAGAUGGAUACAGUGAUAAGAAUUUACCUCAAACCUCACAUCUCCCCCAGAGGAGUGAGCUAUGAAUCACAAAGUGCUGUAAAACAGACAGUCUGCACUGCUACCAGUAUGCUGAAAUUAUAGGCUAUGUUACUGUAGCGGUUGUUAGUCAUACAUGGAACAUAAAAUACAAUUAUUGACAUGAUACUUAUUCUUCACGUGUAAUAUAAACACACACACACACGAAAAAAAAAAAUUCACAGGAAAAUAUGAGACCAGAAUCAAUUUAAGGAAAUGUUUAAAUUACAUUUUUCUCUUAUUAUUGUCAGAAAAAUAAGAGAAUAAUUUAUAGUACCAAAAAGUAAUCCUGCUAUACAUCUUUGCUAAUAAAUGACACCUGGUUUAAUCCUAACAAAUGGCCUUUAGAAAUGGUAACAAGAAAAGAACCUUAAAAUCUUCAUAACCAUAUUAUUACAAAAAUUACUGAUAAACUUAAAAUAAUAUAAAUAAAUCAUAAACCAACCAUAUUCAGAAGUUUGUUGCAAUGAGAGAAUUCUCUUUUGAGACAUUGUGAGGAACAUCUGAUUUCCAAGAAGAAAAUAAAAAACGUAUUUUUAUUAAAACAACCAGGACACCUAACUGCAACGGCCUUUAAGUGUGCUCACUGCAAAUAAAUGCACCGUUAAAGAAAAAGGAUGUUGAAGCAUUAGUAUUUGUAAUAAUCUGUGAAAUGCUUGGGGAAUAAAAUUAGUUUGGAGGAGAUCCAAGUAUAUUUAUUUCUUUUUAGCACUGGACAUCAUCUCAAAACAGUCUCCAGAGCCUUUAAAAUUUGAAGAAUUUGUGUGGAGAGAAAAAAAAAAUUGGGUCAACAUUGCUCCCACUGCAUUCAAGUACAGUAAAAACAAUUUUCCUUCUUAUAGAUCUAUAUAGUUUUUACUUUUUAAUACUUGUAUGCAACUGAUCAUCAUAUCAUUUUAAUAACAGACAACAUAAGUAGCAGGCAAAAUGCAGUUCUAAAUUAAACUAAGGUAAUAAAUUAAUUAAUUCAGGAAAACCAAACUAACCAAGCUACCUGGGUCAUAUUUAAAACAUGAUCUCUGCCUGAAUUUAGUAACUAGUGGCGCUACCUUAAGCGCAACAUCAAAAGUGUUCACCAUAACUGCUAAAGAGUACUUAUCAUUGUGGGGAAAUUGGACCCACUUUUUUGUACAGAAUUAUUCUACUGCAGCCACCCUAGAAGACAUUAAAACAACGACCUGUUUAAGGUCAUACCUCAACCUCCAAACUGGGUUUAAGUUCAAACUUUGACUAGCCCUAUCCACGUCAAUACCUCCAUUAGAAAUAUAGUUACCGAGAAAAUUACUGUGUAUAAUACUUAUUUUCCCUACUAAGGGAGUAAAAAUGCUGGAUUUACGUUGCCAUUGUAGAGGCAAAGUGAAAUCAUGUCUUAUUUUGUUCUCCAUGACACAGAGUAUUUCUGCCAUUUGGCUCUCCCCCACUGGGACUUCCUACCGUGCUUUACAGAGCUGAACCUAAAUGAUUCAUGACAACAGUCUGAGCCAUGGGGGGAAUGAGUUAUGCUUUUUUAUGAGAACCUCAAAAGCAGACCCAGGGAAAUGUCUUGUGUUUUCAGAAGCUUAUUAAGCCCUAUUGAAAACAUAUCAAACCUUCCCAAAUAUUUCCAUCCCUCCAUUUGUUUAGUCCUUCCUUACAAACUUGAUCUGAAUUCACAGCACCCCCCUAAAAAACACACAGAAAAACACACUGACGCAACUUCUCAUCCGUCACUACGGUAAACAGACGCUCCAUGGGUAAAACACCUCCCCCUUUCAAACCAAUGCAUGCGUUUGCUCACAAACCACUGUUUCUCUACACGUUACUUUCCUUUCUCUUCAGGAAGCGUUCGCUUUGUUCAACAACCCUCAGCUCUCUUUGUUAUGCAAAUGACGGCCGUGCCGUUGCCGAGUACCUCUGCUUUCCAGACCAGUGGAAAAAUGUGUGUAAUUGUAAAUGUCAUCUGUCUAUAUCUCUCAGUGUGGGGUCACAAUCAAACCAUUUUCAGUUGGAGAUUUCAGAGGAUCAGAAGCUGAGAGGAGAAUUUUAAUGUUUGCUGCAAUGACAAGGGGUUCAAAUCACACACUGGUAUCCACAAGGACAGUGACUGAGAGGAGCUGCUGCUCAUUGUGUCGACAACAGAAAGCCAAAUCUGAAAAUAUUAGCUAUUUUUCACAUUCAAGACAGAAGGAGGAAUAUCCUACGAAGACUCCCUGCAUUAAGACACGUGUGAAGCUGUGUUUCAAGGACAAAGUGAGGAUGGAGCAAAGGGAGCCGACUGUGGAUUCUGCUGCUGAAGUUGCGGAGGGGAGAUUUAGAGAGUUGACCACUAAGUGGUUCAUAGAUUCUCAGCUGCCUCUUAUUGUCAACAACGGCCUUUUCCCCAGCUGGUUCCUGGGCUUCAUUAGCAGAAAAGAUGCUGAGGACAUGCUUAGAGAAAAGGAUCUUGGCUGUUUCCUGAUUCGUCUCAGUGAUAAAGCUAUUGGAUAUAUUCUGUCGUACAAAGGCAGAGAUCGGUGUCGCCACUUUGUGAUAAGCCAGAGCGAGACUGGACGGUUUGUAGUGUGUGGAGACACAGAGGAACACAACACUUUGUUUGACCUAAUAGAACACUAUAAAACAAAACCCGUUGAGCCCUUUGGAGAAUAUCUGACAUCUCCAUGCUACAGGGAAGUCAAUGAGGACCUCUAUGAUACCAUCCAGGUCAACCCCAAAGAAAAACCAGCUGCUCCUCUCAGAGAAGCAAAGAAAGUGCAUAAGCAGCAGAUGAACUCAGCCACAGACCAGCAACCAGUGCGGGCACCAAGGAUUAACAGGACUGAAGAGGAAGUACCACCUUUGCCACGGAGGACCCGGCACGUUGAGAGCACCCCAGUCAGUGACAAUGAUGGGGUUCUGUAUGCUCAGCUUAGGAAGCAAACACCUAGAGCCCAUCACACCUCCAGGGACAAGUCCCCUGGCUCAAAUCAAGGCAAAGUCGAGAGGCUGAACACUAAAGAGCAAAACAACGGCAGGUGUAGUCCUUCAUCUGACCCUGAAUCUCUCUACUCUGAGCUCAACGCUCUUGACACCAAGAGCAUGUCCCUGCCACUGCUGGACAACAUCUCUGAUGGCGAGCAAUGUUACAGACUGAGCGUACCUCCUGACACGCCGCCACGACUUUCCCCAAGGCCAGUCCGGCAGGCCUCCGGCGGCAUCUCGCAGUCAAAUAGCACCCACAGCCUGGACGCCAUGAGCGACCACUCGGUCUAUCACCUGGCUGGCAGCCACAGCCCAACAGCAUCUGAAACUGCAUUAUCCACAGAGCAGCUCGAUGACUCCCUGUACGCCGAGAUCUCCAUCGAAGCCCCUGUCAUUGAUAACGACAACACUUAUGAGAUCCUCCCCAACCACAAGGAGCCCGUCAAGCCCAAAGCCAACAGAAACACUCAAGAGCCCGGGGAGGAGACGAAACGCAAAUAUAACCACAGAUCCUCGGGGUUAAAGAAUGACAAAUGGAAAUGGCUUUUCCCCGAGACCAAGAGGAAGUGACAAACCAAAUAAUGAAGAAAAGGCUUACCUAAUUUCACUUAUCUAACACUACUUUGCUUCUUCUGUUGUAUAUUUCCUUGCAAUGUACAUAUUUAUUUAAAACCGAUCAAAGUUACCCAUGUACAUCUGAUUGAAUUUAUUAAAGCUGUUGAAAAUGUA